AAAACAGUCAAGCAUUCGCGGAGUGUACACAAAAAAGGAAAGACUUUCUUUUCAGCCAGCUGCAGCAGUUGCAAGCACAACAACGAGCGCUGGGGCUGCAGAGAAGCAAAACAAAUUUUUCUACACUUCAACGAAAUGAGCACACAUUUUUAAACUGUCUUAACUGUUAUAAACAUCUAAAAUACAAAAUUGCUCCAAAUUUGAGUGCAAAUAAAAGGCGCAUUUUGGCGCGUAUGUGUGCAGAAUAAAGUGCAAAUAGAAAAGAAAAGAAAAAUUGAUUUUUAACCAGUGUCAAGUGCCAACAACAACAACGAGAGCUAAAACAGCAACAGCAACAAAAUGGUGCAAAAAUUCCAAUCGCCCGUGCGCGUCUACAAAUAUCCCUUUGAGCUCGUUAUGAAGGCCUACGAGCGUCGCUUUCCGAAAUGCCCACAAAUGCCCAUUGUCCUGGACUGCGAAAUUAUCAAGGACGAGUGCCUGGAGAAUGGGGCCAAGCGGAAUACAAGUCGACGCUGCAAGCUGGCCGUCGAUGCGCCGUAUAUCUUUAAGAAAUUGAUUGGCGUCGACUUUGUAUACUUUCUGCAGCACAAUUUCUUGGACAUGUCGAAUCGCACGCUGAGCAUCGAGGCGGUCAACGAGAGCUUCUCGUCGCGCAUCGAAAUCUUCGAGCGUUGCCGCUACUAUGCCCAUCCGGACAAUCCCGAAUGGACGUGCUUUGAUCAGACGGCCACGCUGGAUAUUAAGAACUUUUUCGGUUUCGAGCACUCCAUGGAGAAGAUGGGCAUGAAACAGUAUACACAAACGACGCUCAAAGGCAAGGAGAUAAUUGAGUAUUUCAUCAGCCAGCUCAAAGAGGAGGGCGUCACGCAUGUGGAGCGCUGGGUGCCGCCACUGGAUGCACCCAAGUCGCCAACGACAGAACAGCAUCAUGAUAUACUCCUCGAUGGUGAUUUUAUUGCACGCAAUUUGGGCCAAUUGUCGCCCAUGCAGGAGUCCAAGCUGCUGGAGCUGCGAAAAAUGCUGGAUGGUGUCGAUGAUCUGGAGCGCAUGCCCAGUUAUCAGACCAUCUUGCGUUUCUUGUCAGCACGCGACUGGCACGUUAGCCAGGCCUAUGCCAUGCUCUGUGAUUCGCUCAAAUGGCGUCGCGAGCAUCGAAUCGAUUCACUGCUCGCGGAGUACCAGAAACCAGCCGUUGUGGUUGAUCAUUUUCCCGGCGGCUGGCAUCAUCACGACAAGGAUGGCCGGCCCAUAUACAUACUGCGUCUGGGUCACAUGGACGUGAAGGGCUUGCUCAAGUCUCUAGGCAUGGAGGACUUGCUUAGAUUGGCUCUGCACAUUUGCGAGGAGGGCAUACAGAAGAUUAAUGAAUCGGCCGAACGCCUGGAUAAGCCCGUCCUCAACUGGUCGCUCUUGGUGGAUCUGGAGGGUCUGUCUAUGCGUCACUUGUGGCGGCCCGGCAUCAAGGCCUUGCUCUACAUCACCGAGACCGUGGAGCGCAAUUACCCGGAGACAAUGGGCCGUGUUUUGGUGGUGCGUGCUCCGCGCGUAUUCCCCAUCGCCUGGACUAUUGUCAGCGCUUUCAUAGACGAACACACACGCUCAAAGUUCUUGUUCUAUGGCCCAGACUGUGAGCACAUGAAGGAUGGACUCGCUCAGUAUAUUGAUGAGGAAAUUGUGCCCGAUUUUCUGGGCGGGCCCUGCAAGACCAUGAUACACGAGGGCGGCCUUGUGCCGAAGACGCUUUACAAAAUGAACUCAUUGGAGGAUCAUGAUGAUGAGACGCCCGUUGCUUCACGCGCCGCUUCCGCCUGCGUUGUUGACCUUCCCAAUGAGGGCAAGCGUUUGUCUGCCGCUCAUCAGCACGAUCAUAAAAAUCUCUAUAAGACCGUUGAGCUUAAGGCGGGCUUCACUCACGAGCUGCUCAUACGCAAUAUGGAUCCAAAGAGUGUGCUCACCUGGGACUUUGAUGUGUUGCGUAAUGAUUUGCACUUUACGCUCUAUCGCGUCACCGAAGAGCUGCCGGACAAGAAUGACUCGGCUGUAUCAUAUUUUGAUCUUCAGGACUUUGUCGAAGGUGUCAACUUUUUCAGAGAGGAACCAACGCUCAUCUGUCGACACAAAGAGAGUGUACAGGGCUCGCAUGUGAUGCGUCACAAUGACAGCUAUCUAAUGCACUGGUUCAGUCCAUCGGGUGCACAACUCAAUAUAUUCUACGAGGUGCUUAGCUCGGUUAACUACAAGGGCUCCAUGACCAGUUUGCAGUCUGCAUUCUCAUCGAACUCAUCGGCGGCCAGCUCCUGUCAGAGUCGAUGAUAUGAGCCGAAUGCGCAGAGUGGCGUUGACUCUCAGGCAAGAACGUCGCCAGGCGCGCGGGGCGUCCAAGAGGAGGAGCAGGUGGAUUUGGGACUAUUGUCGGGCACACUGAUGGAGAAGAGUUUGAAUCUAUUUGACACACCGGAUAUAUUUUUUUAAGGCCCAAAAAUUUGCAAUCUCUUUUAGUUUUAUUUAGCAUAAAGUUUAGUUUGGUUUUAAUUGUAUUUCGUAUUAGCACAAUUUUUGCCGUUUAAUUGUUUGUCUAUUUUUAUCUGUUUAUUUUUAUAGUAUAUCAAUCAAUAUACAUAUAUAUAUAUAUAUUUGUAACAAUGUGAAGCCAAAACGAAAUUUGUGGAUUAGGACUUUUAACAUACAUAUAUACGGUUGUAUCAGAUAAUUCAAAUAUCACGUAAUUUUCACAUUCAUUUGAAAGCGUCAAUUAGUCCAUUUUAGCAAGUACAUAAAUUAUAGAUGCUUUAAUACAAACACACUUAUAAAUUAAUACGAAAGCAACGUAAUAUUUGUAGCGCAGCUAAUUUUAUAUGGCUUUUAAUAAUAGUAUCAACAAAAUAACGAAAUUAUGCCACACGUUGUGCGCCUUUGACGCUAGAGCAAAAAUAAUGAGAGUUACAAAUAUCUAAUCAAUGACUACAUGUUACCUAAUUAGUUUAAUUCGGGGUCUAAAACGUAAAAACAAAAUAUACCUUUUAGCCUAUUGCUAUAAUUUUUAAUAAACGAUCAUCAUAAGUACAAUAUCAUUAAAAUUCCGUUUAGGCUACGAAAUUAAAGCUGCAAAAAAAGUUAGCGAUAAACAUUUAAAGUUAAGCGCAUAAUAAUGAUAAUCAACAAUAUAAACAAUAUAUAGAAUUUUAUUUAAAUAGCCAAGCGAAUGCCGUGCAUGUUAACUAAUUGUGUAAGUUGAAAUAAAAAUGCGAGUACAUGUAUAUGUCAAUCUUAA